AUGUCUGUCGGCGGCGAGCGGGCCCCCAGCGAGAAAAGGCCCCCCUCUCCUCGCUUCCCCCUCCUCGCUCGCCGCCGAGCCUGGGCUCGGGGCCGCCCUUGCGUGCAGCCGGGCCUCGCCCUGCGCAACGAGCCCGGCGCCAUCUUCCGGCUGCUGUCCUGCUGGGCGUUGCGCGGCGUCGACGUGCUCAAGGUGGAGACGCGCCCGCUCGCGGCCGGCAGGCGGGCGCCCGCCGGGCUGCCGCCCGGCAUGGCCAGGCUGUGGGACUACCUUGGGGGAUCGGCGGAUUUUAUGUCGAUUACGCGGUGUCUCCGGGGAUGUCGCAGGAGGCCUCCGACAGGCUCGCGGCGUCGCUGA